AUGGAGGGGUCCAGCAAAGAGGAAGAGGAGGACAGCACAUUCAUCAACAUUUCUCUUACAGAUGACAUAGACCAUUCAUCAAGGAUUUUGUACCCAAGACCCAAAAGCUUGUUACCCGAGAUGAUGAAUGCCGACAUGGAUGCAGUGGAUGCUGAAAAUCAGGUGGAACUGGAGGAAAAAACACGACUUAUUAAUCAAGUGUUGGAACUUCAACACACACUUGAAGACCUCUCCGCAAGAGUAGAUGCAGUUAAGGAAGAAAAUCUGAAGCUAAAAUCAGAAAACCAAGUUCUUGGACAAUAUAUAGAAAACCUCAUGUCAGCUUCUAGUGUUUUUCAAACAACUGACACAAAAAGCAAAAGAAAGUAAGGGAUUGACAUCCCUUCUGUUUUAUGGAAUUGCUGCUCAUCUUUUUUUCUUUAAAACCUGGAUAGAUUUAAAAAGUUAUAGUACUUUUGUUUGUGGCUUAAUUGAAUAUUUAUGAAGAUAAUGUCAGAUCUAGGCAAAAUUAAGAGCAUAAUGGAAGACUUCAUGAGUUUGUGUAUAAUAUGUUAGUCUAUGAAAACGUGCAAAUGUAGAGACUUUAUAAUUAGAAAUGCAUAUAUUUAUGAAACUUGAAAAUGAAUGUUUUAUCAAAUUUGCUUUGAUUUAUAAGUUUAGCACUGUCUUUUAUUAUAGGCAUAGUAAGAGAUACAAGAAAAUAACCACCGUGUUGUGAAAAGUGACCAAAAUCAUGUACUGAACGCACAGCUUUAUGUACCCUGUCCACCAUGUUGUGCCUCUUCUCCAUUUGCUUCUUCCUUUCCAUUUCCCUUCCCCUAAGGAAAAAAUUGGUUUUACAUUUGUAAAAGUAAUUUUAAUAGUUAAUCAUCCGUGAGAGUAACCUGAGCUUGAAUUGUUGAAACUUACUAAAAUAAGAUACUUUCUCAGUUAGGGCUUCUCAUAGUUAAUAAUAAGAUAGGAUUGUUGGUUUCUCUUUAAUCAGUUGAAAACAGAGGCUAUAAGUAUGAAGACUUUUCUUUGCAACGGAAUUGUCAAAUUGGGAAGGUUUGGUUGUUAAAACCUUCCUUUGCACAAAACGUGGAGAAAGAUUAGUAUCUGGAAAGAUGAGCUCUGGUUAUACAUUUGGAAUAGAAAAUUUUGAGAAAAACAUUAAUAGGAUGGAAAAGGUACCUGGCAAACAGUAGUAACCAACUCCAAAAUGUUUUUACUCCAGAUUUGUGUGAUCUCUGACACAGACUAGAUAUAUGUGUAUAUAUAUAUAUAUAUAUAUCUCCGAGAAAGUAGAUUAAAUGUGACUAACCUUAUGUCAAUCACAUCUGGAAGAGAACAGUUACAAAGAGUUUAGUCUUAACCUUUAUUUAUAGUACCCAGCAGAUCUUUUGCAAAGUCCCUUUAGGGUGUAUUAGUAUCGGAAUCAUGAAUAAUAAAAUGAGGGAGUUUUACAUGUAUACUAGAGAAUUUUCUGUAAACUACUUGGUUUGCAGAGUUUUAGUCACUCUUUUACGGUUUCUAAAAAUUUAGUUUGUAGAUUCCAUCUGGUAAGAAAAUUAGUAUCAGAAGUAGUGUUAAAAUGUUAAAUAGGAAAAGAGAUCCACUAAUACAGUUUUGGUUGUUAGAUUUGGGCUUUUAAUCCUGGAAUAAUCUUAUGUUUGUAUUGGUGUACGAUUCAAUGAAUGACUUUAGCUGUAUGAAUAUAAUAGUUAUACUGCAAAUAUUUUGCAUCCCUUUUGUGACCUAAUUUACAAACAUUUAAAAUUGUGUUGCAAUUUUGCUUUGCUGUUUAAUAAAAAGCUGUU